CAGGAGUCUUCCGGAAGUGAAGAAACCGGCCGAACAGACCGAUUCGCGUAGCACCACCGGCUCCGUCUCUUUGUCCGCCUCCUCCUCGCCGAAGUAACAUCCAUCGAAACACCAUGGCCAAUGUUGUGGAUACGAAACUGUACGACAUUCUGGGAGUGUCUCCGUCCGCAACGGAAAAUGAGCUAAAGAAGGCCUACAGAAAACUGGCAAAAGAAUACCACCCUGACAAGAACCCAAAUGCAGGAGACAAGUUUAAAGAAAUAAGCUUCGCCUAUGAAGUUCUGUCAAACCCGGAGAAGAAGGAGCUCUACGAUCGCUAUGGCGAACAGGGCCUACGGGAAGGAGGUGGGGGUGGCCCGGGCAUGGACGACAUCUUCUCCCACAUUUUCGGUGGCGGCCUCUUCGGCUUCAUGGGCGGCCAAGGAAAUCGCUCGAGAAACGGGGGGCGGCGGAGAGGAGAGGACAUGGUCCAUCCGCUGAAGGUUUCAUUAGAGGACCUUUACAACGGAAAAACAACCAAACUCCAACUUAGCAAGAAUGUUUUGUGUAGCUCUUGUAAUGGACAAGGAGGCAAGACGGGCGCCGUGCAAAAGUGUUCGACGUGUCGGGGGCGUGGCAUGCGCAUCAUGAUCAGACAGCUGGCCCCGGGCAUGGUCCAGCAGAUGCAGUCUGUCUGCACCGACUGCAACGGAGAAGGCGAGGUCAUCAGCGAGAAGGACCGCUGUAAAAAGUGUGAAGGCAAGAAAGUAGUGAAGGAGGUGAAGAUCUUGGAAGUCCACGUGGACAAAGGCAUGAAACAUGGACAGAAAAUCACCUUUGGGGGAGAGGCGGAUCAGGCGCCUGGCGUGGAGCCUGGAGACAUCGUCCUCGUCCUGCAGGAAAAAGAGCACGAGACCUUCAAGAGGGAAAAAAACGACCUCUUCAUAAAUCACAAGAUCGGCCUUGUGGAGGCGCUGUGUGGCUUCCAGUUCACGCUAAAGCACUUAGAUGGAAGACAGAUCGUCAUCAAGUAUCCUGCUGGAAAAGUCAUUGAACCAGGCUCGGUCAGGGUGGUGCGAGGAGAAGGCAUGCCCCAGUACCGAAACCCUUUUGAGAAGGGGGAUUUGUACGUCAAGUUUGACGUCCAGUUUCCCGACAACAACUGGAUCAGCCCUGAGAAACUUACGGAGUUGGAGGACAUGCUGCCCUCGCGGCCGGAGCCCCCCAUCAUCACCGGCGACACGGAGGAGGUGGACCUGCAGGACUACGACGUCAGCCAGAGCUCCACAUCCGGCGGGCGCAGAGAGGCGUACAACGACAGCUCCGACGACGAGAGCGGCCACCACGGGCCGGGCGUGCAGUGCGCCCAUCAGUAAUCUCCAAUUUCUCUCUUUCACAUAAAAAUAUAUAUUACAAAAAAAUAAAAACACAUGGCCUGCAUCUACUUGGGGGGGAAUGUAUGGUUUUUAGAAUAAAGAAAGAUGUCAGCGAGGCUGAGAGGGCCUGAUGGCCCCACAGUUCCAGCACCUUAAACCAUUGAAUUGUUACUAACAUGACCUGCUCCAUCUGAGGAAGGCUGCAGCUGAAGGGACUCCUCUGAGACUUCAGGUAGAUGUUGUAAAGAGAAUCUGAGAUGCAUAAACGUUGUUGCCUCCGCGAGCGCCUCGCUGAUCUGUCGUCUGGUGUUCACUGUAGUCCCCCUCCCUCCAAACGGAAACCCUCCAGUCCAGCCCUCUUCGUAAUGGGAGCUCCAGAUCAGACAGAUUGGUUAGUUUGCUGAGCCUGUGACUUGCAUUUUGUUUUCAUAGUAUUUACAUUAAUUUAAAAAUAAACUAACUGGUGUGCAGAGAUGCUGAGCUCUUUUCCACACGGUCUCAUUCUUUCUGCAGCAUUUGUAGGACUUGUUUCUGAUUUUUACACUCUUUUUUUUCUUUUGUCGUAUUUUUCCCUUUUUCUUUACAAUUUAUUUCAAAACAUAAGUUGUGUAUUUCAUUAAAGUGGUUGUUGAUAAACUUCUGCAGCUGCUGAUCCCUGAGCUGUGAUUUUCUUUUCUUUUUUAAUUUUUCUUUUUUUAAGAAAAGCAGCAGUGAAAUAAGGAAAAAAAGGAGUAAUAGUCUGUAUUUGUGCUGAGACCAUUUGCAUGUAGAGUGCGUUGGUUCCUGCACUUACCAAACAUUCAGUAAAGCAGCACUCUUCUUCAAAAAUGUUUAUGAAGUUGUUGAAUAAAUUCCCAAAUAUAA